AUGCUCGCCUCUCACGGUCGCGGCGGUGCCGGCAACAUGGCCGACAGCACCAAGAACAAGGUCACCUCCAAGGACCUUGAGACCCCAACCCUCAAGACCUCCGUCGUCACAACUGGCAGAGGAGGGUCAGGAAACAUGGCACCCAACAAGGACCCCUACGAGACUCGUUUGCGCCAGGACGUUGAGCCUGUUCCCCGCCGCGAGAGCAACAGCGCAACCCACUACGGCCGCGGCGGCGCCGCCAACGUCUUCAAGACGGGCUCGGAGGAGGAGGCCGCCGCGAAGAAGGCGAAGCUCGAGGGUACUGCAGCCGUCGACGACGACGAGUCAUCGCUCCGCAAGACGCCCUCUCCCACCGGCGGCCGUCGCAGCCCUGAGGAGGGUAGUGGUCUCGCUGCCAAGGGCAAGCAGUGGCUCAACAACCUGACCAGGAAGGCGUGA